GGUUAACUGGGCCUGAAGAAACUCAUACCAUCCCCAUUCUCAUUAGUUUCUGACUCCAACUGUGAUGCGCAUUGAAGAAGUACGCAGCACCUCAAAGGCACAGCGGAUAGCUGCCCACACACACAUUAAAGGUCUGGGACUUGAUGAGAAUGGUGUUCCAGCCUCUGUUGCUGCCGGUUUGGUUGGGCAAGAGUGUGCACGUGAGGCUGCGGGCAUCGUUGUAGAAAUGAUAAGGUCAAAGAAAAUGGCGGGUAGAGCUGUCCUAAUGGCCGGCCCUCCGGGAACAGGCAAGACCGCAAUUGCUUUGGCUAUUGCUCAGGAACUUGGAAGCAAGGUCCCUUUUUGCCCGAUGGUUGGAAGUGAAGUCUAUUCUUCUGAAAUCAAAAAAACUGAAGUCCUCAUGGAACAUUUCCGGCGGGCAAUCGGCCUGCGCAUCAAAGAGAUAAAAGAAGUCUACGAAGGUGAGGUUACCGAAUUGACACCGGUCGAGACCGAGAGUCCCACUGGAGGGUUGGGGAAGACAAUUAGUCACGUGAUCAUCAGUCUGCGCACUGCUAAAGGAGUGAAACAACUUAAACUUGAUCCAUGCAUUUAUGAAAGCCUACAGAAAGAACACGUUGAAGUUGGGGACGUGAUUUAUAUUGAGGCGAACUCCGGGGCUGUUAAGAGACAAGGCCGAUGUGAUGUUUACACUGCAGAAUAUGACUUAGAGGCUGACGAGUACGUCCCGCUUCCAAAGGGAGAGGUUCAUAAGAAGAAAGAAGUUGUACAGGAUGUGACCCUCCAUGAUUUGGACGUUGCGAACGCUCGCCCUCAAGGUGGCCAAGAUAUAGUAUCGAUGAUGGGCCAAUUGAUGAAACCAAAAAAGACGGAAAUCACAGACAAGCUACGAAAGGAAAUUAACAAGGUUGUGAACAAAUAUAUCGACCAGGGAAUCGCGGAACUCGUGCCUGGCGUUCUCUUCAUUGACGAGGUUCACAUGCUGGACAUCGAGUGUUUCACCUACUUACAUCGUGCGUUGGAGUCUACGAUUGCCCCCAUCGUUAUUUUUGCCACCAACCGUGGGAAAUGUACUAUUCGAGGAACGGAGGAUAUUGUUUCGUCUCAUGGUAUCCCACUUGACUUGUUGGAUCGUGUUAUGAUAAUACGCACGCUACCCUACUCGUCCGAUGAUGUUGUUCAGAUUCUUCGCAUUCGCGCCCAAACAGAGGGUUUAAAGGUGUCGGAACAGGCAUACGCACUGCUUGCAACUGUCGCUACAGAGACAACUUUGAGAUACGCGGUUCAGUUAUUGACUCCGGCUUCUCGUUUGGCUCUACUUGGCGGGCGCGAUGAGGUAAUGCCAUCGGAUGUCGAAGAAGUGCGCUCCCUCUUCCUAAAUGCGAAGCAGUCGGCGAAAAUCCUCACUGAACACGAGAGCCAGUUCAUGAAAUGAACGGCACACAUGUUGCUCAAGCUUUUCUAACUCGUAUUUACCGCACCACCACCUAUCGGGUAGGCAUUGAACCCGCCUGAUCCGUAUGUACAUCCUUCCAUGCUUCUGUCGUUUUGUGCUCCCUCACUGGUGAGCGAUGUCUAUACCACUGGUUCUCGAUUAAAUAAACAGUUUCUGAUUGAA